GUUAAAUUUAUAUCAAUUCUAUUUAAUUAUAAAAAUUGUAGACAAAACUAAUACUUUGUAUUGUUUUUUUUACAGAAACUCAUGUGUAAAAUUGAAAAUCAAAGUAUUCGUGUUAAUCAUAUUAUAUCUGUUUGUCGUCAUAUAUCACUGUCGUCUCAUUGAGAGGACAUCAAGACUUGACUUUCUGUGGAAACUUCAGGCGCAGAAAGAAUUGCAAGAUAUGAGAGAAUUACGACAUUAUAACACACAACUACUCAAGAAUAUUCUUCCCGAUCACGUGGCCUCAUAUUUCCUCACUCACGACCGCAACUCCGAGGAACUGUAUGCCCAGUCCUAUGCAAAUUGUGUGGUACUUUUCGCCUCAAUACCAAACUUUGCAAACUUCUACUCCGAAGACGUCAAUAAUGGUGUGGAAUGUAUUCGACUUCUCAAUGAAAUUAUCUUUGAUUUCGAUCAGCUCAUGGAUGACGACCGGUUCCGUUGCAUCGAAAAAAUCAAGACAAUUAGCAGUACAUAUAUGGCCGCCUCUGGACUUAAUCCUAGAGAUCAGGGCAAAACAGUUGGGUAUUUAUUGGGAUCGGUGGCAGACCUGGCAUUGUCUAUGAAAGAGGCCUUAGAAGAUGUCAAUAAACAUUCAUUCAAUAAUUUUAAGCUAAGAAUUGGUAUAACACACGGACCAGUCGUUGGUGGUGUUAUCGGUGCCAAAAAGCCAGUCUAUGAUAUUUGGGGAAAUACUGUAAAUGAAGCGUCGCGUAUGGACUCUACCGGAACCUUAGAUCACAUUCAAGUGCCAAAAGCAUCCGCACAAGUGCUGGAAACUGAAGGAUUUCGUGUGCAAUACAGAGGUGUAGUGGCGGUGAAAGGGAAGGGAGAAAUGGAGACCUAUUACUUGACGGGCCGUAAGAUUGAAAGGAGUAAAUCAUUUGGUCGCUCGCAAUACGCGCACAAACACUCAAUGACUGCAGUCCUGUCGGCAAUGGUUCACAACCGGAAGAAGCAAACACUUGGCUCUAGUCUAUCGGUUCCGAGCGCUAAAUUACAGCUCCGGCCGCGUAUAGCGACGGGCGGUCUCUCAUCGCUUAGUUUUAAUUUCCGAAAGACUAGUCGUAGUCCUCAUCGCCUGAAUCGGAUGCAGUCCGAGAUGUCGAGCACCGGUCGCCCCAAACGCGGCGGAAGUACUGUUGAGCGCAGAAUACCCGGAGAGUCGGCCAGCGGUCACUCAUUUUCAGAUAUUAUAAGCACUGGUUCUCUAAAAGAGAGGUCAAGGGAUAGAACUAAUGAAACUGUUAUUAAUAUCUAAUUAAUUACUCAAAUGAGAUCUUAAAUAUCCAAUCACUUAAAAGCGCAGACCUCGUCGUUUAAUCUGUACAAUC